AUGGGUUAUGGUGGCCACGGCACGAAGAAAAGAAUUGAAUCAAAUCAAGGGCCCGUGGAACUAGAAAGAAGAUUAACUCUUGCAGAUAUCGAUGGAGAAGCACGUCCAAGAAUUACAACAUGUUUAUUCUGUGAGAAAGAAUGGGGAAACGAAGAGAAAGAACAUUUCAGUCCAGUGUCCGUGCUUGAAUGUCCAUUUGAAGAUGACGAUGAAGUCUCAUAUCCUUUUCGGCAAAGACUUGCUGUUACGGAAGGGACGAAAAAGAAGCUGUUGAAGAAACUCGAGAGGUUCGAGUGCCUUGUUCAACUCGAACCGAUCAAACUAGCCAAAAGAUUUAGAGGUCUGGAAUCCAACGACAAUGAAUCAGUUGAAUCUUCCCUAUGGCAUUCCGAGGAAAAUUUUAGUUUAGAUGUCGAAGAAGAACGAGAAAAGAACCAUGCUGAACAAAAGGCAUCGGAAUUACUUCAUUUAAUGAAAUCCACAAUGUCAUCACUUACCCUCAAACUAAAUGCAGAAAAUUUGUUAUUGGAUUACUUCAGAGAA